AUGUCGGCCAACAUGGACGCCCAGCAGGUGCUAAACAUAGUAGUAGUAUCACUCAAAAGCACCGCAGUGCUAAUCCUGCUCACAGCAACCGGCCUCCUCUGGAUCUACCGCAACCGCGCCUUCCGGUCCUCCUCCUCUCUAAACCCCUGGAUCUUAGGCCCCAAGGGCAAACCCUUCAAAGGCAACGUACAAGAACUCCAAACAAACGGCGCCGCCAGCUGCAAAGCCUGGUACUCGCUGUAUGAACGGUACGGACCGGCCUACGAGCUCACAAUCCCCUUCUUCCGACUGCAUAUUAUCAACCACCCAACCUACCUCGAGCACAUCCAGAAACACAACAGCAAGAACUACAUCCGGGGCGCAUUUACGCAGAACGUCUUCGGGGCACUGCACAGGUCUGGCGUGUUUGCGGUCGAUGGCGCGGAGUGGCAGUUCCAGCGCAAGGCGGCGACGAGGGCGUUCAGUAAGCGGAAUUUCGAAACGCAUAUCACGGCGUCUGUGCAUAGAUGGCUGGAUGUUUUGAUGGAGUUGCUGGGGAAUCUGGCGAGGGAAAACAGGGAGUUUGACUUCCAGGAGGGAUGGGGAGUGUUUGACCGACGAAGACGGGAUCCUCUCUGGAAGAUUACUGAAAGACUCUCUGGCGAGGACAAGGUCACUAAAAGGGCGGUGGAUCUCUUCUAUGGGAAGAUUGACGGACUGAUUAUGAAGAGGCUGGGGGCAAUGCGCAAUGGAUACAAGCCUAAUCCCGAUGCCGGCGUUGAUUUGCUGGAUAUCUUCCUGCAGUCGACGACGGACGUCUACAAACUUGGCGGAAUGGUCUUCUCCUUCCUAUCAGCCGGACGCGACACAACAGCAUACAGCACCUCCUGGCUCAUGAAGGAAAUCCACCACGUCGACAACCGCCAUCUCGACGCCGUGAGCAGAAUCCGCACCGAGGCAGACGAUCUCGGUUUCUCUUCUAGCUAUCUUGGCUACGGAGACGUUCCUAAAAUGCGCUUCGCAAACGCAAUGUGGGACGAAACUGCCCGGCUCAACACCGUCUCCCCAGCAGGGCAGAUGGAAGCAGCAGAGGACGAUAUUCUCCCCGCCGUUCCAGAACUGAAUAUGCCUCCUCGGCGGGUGAAAAAGGGCGAUAUCGUCGGCUACCAGAACUACGUUCUUGCGCGAAUGCCCGAGGUAUGGGGGGAAGAUGCUGCCGUGUUUAAGCCAAGUCGGUGGUUCAAGGAUAAUGGGGAGAGUAUUUCUUACAGUCCAUUCAAAUAUCAUUCGUGGAACGCGGGCCCGCGCAGCUGUCUUGGGCGUGCUCUUGCUACGUACGAGGGCAUCACCAUCACCAGUGCCAUUCUUCAGCGGUUUGAUGUUAUCCUGGCAGAUGAUAGCAAGGUGUAUGAGCCGCUUGCUGCUAUGAAUAUGGGCAUUCGGGGUGGUCUUCCCAUGAAAGUUAGGGAGAGGUUCGAAAGGCGAGAUUUACAUUAA